AUCUCGGACAGAAACAACAUAAAUUGCAUGAUGGUGACAAAGUGGUAUAUUAGAAUUCAUGACAGUGUGUCAUUCGUCAUCAAACGCGUCAGUGUUACUAACACAUCGACGGUCACCGUUUCCGUCGUCGUUGGAGGCGUGGUUUCCGAGGAAUAGCAGAAGACCAUGUAAGACAAAAUAUUAUGGCAAACACGUGACUUGAUAAAUUGAUGAUGGGGCGCACGACGGGUAUUUAAGACAACGGACCUAUUGCGAGAUCACAGGCUGGUUAUGCUGUCAAGGAAAGGAAUCGACGCUUUUUUGUCACAUUACGGACUCUGUUGUUAAAAGUCAAUCUACUCCACAACUGAUUCUAAAGUGUUGUCGCCAUGAAGCGCUCCGUCUCCAUAGUAGAUAGCAUGCCCAUGGCCCCGGCUCCUUACGGAAAAAAAGGGCGUCGGUUCUCCUGCCCGCCAGCCUGUACAACAGACAACGCAAUCCUCAUCAAGAGACCGCCCUACACGCAAAUAGCUUUUGAUGAAGUACACUUCAAAAGUGAAACGUCAGGCCGAACUCUGUGUGAGAAGAUAAGGGGGAAACUCUAUUGUUCGAAGAAACGUUUGUGGAAGACCGCUUGUACAUAUAUACCGAUCAUAAAAGUUUUGCGCUACUACAACUUGAAGACGAAUUUGCUGAUAGACAUCCUUGCUGGACUAACUGUCGGAAUACUUCACAUCCCACAAGCCUUGGCGUUUGGUCAGCUCACUUCUGUGAAGAUCGAAAACGGUUUGUUCACGUCACUGUGGCCUGUGCUGCUAUAUGUGUUUUUUGGAACCUCUGCACACGUAUCGAUGGGAACAAGCGCCGUUAUAUGUAUUCUCACUGCUAGUGUCGUGGAUCGGCAGGGCGCGGAUUAUGUCGCGAACAACCCCCAUUUGCUUAAUUAUACAAUCAACGGAACUCACGUACCGCUGGACGACGUCCCGGAAUACCUCGACUUCAAGGAAGGGAUUGCCAUGACUGUCACCUUGACAACCGGGCUGAUGAUGGUCCUCAUGGGUAUCCUCAAACUGGGAUUCAUCACUGCAUACCUUUCCGAAUCGUUCUUUGCCGCUUUCACAUCUGGCGCAGCUAUUCAUAUUGCGACAAGUCAGGUUCCUGCUAUGUUAGGCAUUUCCGUUCAAAGACAUUCUGGUGUGUUCAAGAUUGUAAAGAACUAUAUGGAGAUAUUCGGAGUGAUAUCUGAAGUGAACGUCGCUGCUAUUGUCUGCGCUUUGAUUACCUGCAUUGUGAUCUUCUUGGUAAAGGAGUGCAUUAAUGAACGGUUCAAACACAAGCUUUUUGUACCCCUGCCCAUUGAACUCUUCGUUGUUAUAGCAGGUACUGUAAUAGCAUACUUUGCCGAUCUUGGAGGAAACUUUGGCAUAUCAGUGGUUGGUGAGAUUCCGAAUACCAUUCCACCACCGACAAUCCCUCCACUGAACACAGUUCCAAGUUUGAUUGUUGACAGUUUCAUCAUUGCCAUUCUCAUAUUUGCCAACACAAUAGCGAUGGCAAAAAUCUGUGCCAAAAAGCACAACUAUGAAGUGGAUGACAGCCAGGAAUUUAUAGCAUAUGGUAUGUGCAACUUCGUUAGUUCCUUCUUUCGAUGUUUCCCUUCGAGUGUGGCACCACCUAGAUCCAUGGUUUCUAGUGCGAUGAACACAAAAUCAACUUUAAAUGGAAUAUUCACAACCAUGCUCAUGCUUCUCCUUAUAAUGGUUAUCAGUGUUCUUUUCACUCAACUUCCAAAAUCAAUUCUAGCAGCCAUCAUUUUUAUAUCACUGAAAGGACUUUUCAUCCAGAUUGGUGACGGAAAGAAAUUUUGGCACAUCAACAAAUUUGAUUUCGUUAUCUGGUUAUUUACCAUUCUUAGUGUUGUUUUCUUGGACAUCGAUUUCGGACUUGGAAUUGGCGUGUGUGUUUCGCUUAUUACGGUCGUAUUCCAGACACAGUUUGCACGAGGAUACAGAAUCGGCAGAACAAUGAAGGACAGCGCACUGGUAGAACACAAACGAUAUCAAGAUUCUGUGGAAAUUUCAGGAAUAAAAAUUUUCCGUUUCCAGUCUUCACUGUAUUUCGCAAAUGCAGAGAUUUUCAGAAAUCGUCUCUACAGAAGCACAGUGAACCCACGGAAACUUCUGAAGCUUCUGAAAAAGAACGAAGUCCGAUUAGCCCGGCUGGCCAAGCAGAAGGAAAAACUGGGAGAUAACCGCGAAUCUUACACUAAAACAAAUGGCGUUGAAAACGACGGUCUGAAACUGAGUGAGUCUGAGAACAACCUCGUCCGGAUGAACAGCAACGAUUCAGCUGCCAGUCUGUCGACACCUAGAGGCUCCAUAAGCAGCAUAGAGUGUCCCGCGUUCUCCCUGUCGGACACGAAAACCACUGACGGUUACACUCUGAAGCAAAACGCUUUCGGCUCCUCCAACCAGAGCAUAGUGUCUCGACAUAUGAGCAUCGACUCGAGCACGACCUUGAGGUCAGAUGACGAGGAGGAUCCGGAAGAUGGGGAGGAGAUUGUCACAGACGAAAAGCUGAAGAAGCUGCGCAGGACACAUCACGUGAUCAUCGACUGCUCUGUCAUUAACUACCUGGACGCGUCCGGCGCCAACGUGCUGAGUCAUAUCUUCACCGAGUAUGGCCACGUGAACAUCAAGGUCUUCUUAGCUGGAUGCUCCUACGACAUGAGACGUGCGAUGAAGCACGCUGGCUGCUUUGACAAAAUACCACAAGAUAAUAUUUUCCUCGACGUGUAUGACGCAUUAUCCGUGGCUAAGAUUCAACACAUCCUGCCUCUUUUGCCCGACCUAGACGAUUUCUCAGACGAAGAGGCAGCAGAAGAUUCCUAUGUCACGAAAAUGUAAACCUCAUAACAUAGACAUGUUUAUAUUUUAGGCUUGGGUUUGUUUACUUCUUUACCUGUUUUCUUCAUUAGAUUUUUUCUAAUGUAUAUACUAUAUACAUGUAUAUGCUUUUUUUCUGUAAAUAUGUUCUCUAUUCCAGACCUAAUACACUCAAGCUCACACACCACCACCACCACCACCACCUAUCAAUCUGUCAGUGUAAACUGGAAUAUAUUACACACACACACACACACACACACACACACACACACACACACACACACAGUUUAAUCCCGUUGGCUCGAACCCCGUUGGUGCUCGAGAAAGUGUUCGACCCAUCGGGUAGUUCAA